CAACUUCCCACCCCCGUCCCCCACGUCUCUCCAGGGUCGCGAUGGGCUCCGAGUCCUCCCCGCAAUCGCCAGAUGAGAUGCUCUCCUUCAAUGUCACGCCCUCCGUCCUAUCCCCGCGACUCGGAAGACUAGCCAUCGCCGGCAGGAAGCCCAUCUCCACGCCGCAUUACAUCCCGCUGUCCUCCCGCGGAAUCGUCCCCCAUAUUGCCCAGGAUGUGAUGCGCGAUCACACGGCCAUCGGCAGUCUCUUCGUCGGCCUGGAAGAUUUCCUAGAAAGACAAACCCCCAAAGAACCGCUACCCCCAGCGUACAUGAUUCCCACAGCCCAGGGUGAAUCCGCCCUGCGCAAGUUCAUCUCGCUCCCCGAUGACUUCCUCUUGAUCAUGGGCCCGCGCCGCGAGCCCUCGAUCACAUGCCCUCCGUCCAACACGCCCAAUUCCGUCGCCAUCUACACAGCCGUCGGGUUCAGACAGCUCGAGGCGCGCCAAUACAUCCAUGCCGUGCAGAACCUCAACCCCGACAUCGUCGUGGGCCUCGCAGACCUCGUCCUGGGACAUACACCGGGUCUCAAACGGCGCGGAAAGAUGGUCGACAGAACGCAUGCGUUCACCACGCACGCCACUGGGCAGCUCUACGGCAGCUCCGUUCCCAUCGAGAACCGAUCCAAGACGGCUUAUUUCGCGCCCGUCCUUCCCCUCGAGAACGCCGAACAGUCGAUAUACAUGGACGAUCUCGAAGACGAACUUCGCCCACAUAUCUCCGGUCUGGCGCUGUACGAAUCCGCCUCGCUAUCAGCGAUCUCCGAGCCUCUUGGGGAUCUCCCCCGACUGCUCUUCAGCGCACCAGCAACCCCCCACGAUAUCCUCCGCGACGUCUCUCUUGGCGCCGAUCUCCUCACUAUCCCCUUCGUCACCGUCUGCUCCGACGCCGGCAUCGCCUUAGAUUUCACCUUCCCCGCCAACUCCACCACCACCGACCCUCAACCCAUGGCCUACGACCUCUGGUCAUCCUCCUACACAACAGACACCUCCACCCUCUCCGGCUCCUGCCAAUGUUUCACCUGCCGCAACCACCACCGCGCCUACAUCCACCACCUCCUCUCCGCAAAGGAAAUGCUCGCCUGGACCCUCCUCCAAAUCCACAACCACCACACCAUGGACGCCUUCUUCUCCCAAAUCCGCGACAGCAUCGCACGAGACACCUUCGAAACAGACGUCCAGGCCUUCCAAAAGGCCUACGUCUCCGAAUUGCCUGAGCCUACCGGCCAGGGCCCAAGACUCCGCGGCUACCAACUCCCCGCAUCCGGCGCCAACCAACCCCGUCGCUUUCCCCGCGUAUACGGCCGCCUCGACGACGCAGUGGAGAAGUUCACUGAGUCGCAGUCGCAGUCCUCCGUCGCUACCCCUGAUACCGGCGCCGAUGGGCUCGAAGAACACGGGUUUGCGCAGAAAGAGAUAUCUUAAAUAUAUCAUUCGUGACCUGUAUGGUCUCGUGAUGCAAGGUCAAGGGAAGAGUUGCGAUAUAGGGGUUGGGGUGCUAUUGCUGCGGAGUAUCAUGGUGUUUUUGUUGUUGGGAUUGGUUGGGUUGGGUAGUUGGUUAGUUCAUUGGUCAGUGUGAUCUAUGACGUCGUAGAGACCCGUAGAGAACUACCUUAUUACUACUACAUGGUAUAUAGAUGGAUGGAUGGAUGGAUGGAUGUGUGCAUGGAAUGCGUUGCUGCAUAGCAUGGCUUAGAUGGGAA